AUGGAUCUGUGUGUGACCAUCAAAGGGGUCUCCUUCCUCUUGCAAACAGGUAUGGGCAUUUUAGGGAACACUGUGGUGCUGCUGGCAUACGCCCACAUCAUUUGCACUGAACCGAAGCUCCUUCCUGUGGACAUGAUCCUGUGCCACCUGGCCUUCGCCAACCUGCUGUUGCUGCUGACCCGUUGUGUCCCCCAAACGAUGACUGUGUUCGGGCUGAAGGACCUACUGAAUGAUCCCGGCUGUAAGAUAGUAAUCUAUGCCUACCGCAUCAGCCGGGCUUUGUCAGUCUGCAUCACCUGCAUGCUCAGUGUGUUUCAGGCAGUGACCAUCACCCCCCCUGGGCCUUACUUGUCCAGGCUGAAGCCUGCGCUUCCUUCCCUGGUUCUCCCCACCUUUGCAGGGCUGUGGCUCUUCAAUAUGGCCAUAUGCAUAGCAGCUCCUUUUUUCUCCAUGGCUCCACGAAAUGGUACUGUCCCUGCCUUCACCUUAAAUCUGGGCUUCUGUCAUGUGGACUUCAGAGACAACUUAUCCUACGUGAUUAAUGGGGUGGCUGUCUCAGUGAGGGAUUUUGCAUUUGUUGCCCUAAUGGUGGGCUCCAGCUCUUACAUCCUGCUGCUUCUCCACCGCCACAGCCACCAAGUGAGAGGGAUCCGUCGCUCUCAGGGUGGAGGGGCAGAGACUAGAGCAGCCAAAACGGUGCUCACCCUGGUAGUCCUCUAUGUGGUAUUCUUUGGGAUUGAUAAUGUGAUCUGGAUUUACAUGCUGACGGUGGCAAAAGUGUCACCAGUGGUGGCUGAUAUGAGAGUGUUUUUCUCUUCGUGCUAUGCCUCUCUCAGCCCCUACUUUAUCAUUUCCUCCAACAAAAAGGUCAAGACGAAGAUCGUGUGUGCAGCUGAGCACGACCAACCACCAGCGGACACUCAAGAGUCGAAUGACAAAUGA